UUAUUAUAUUAUCUAUCUCGCAUGUUGUCUUUUAUCAUCAUGAAACACAUAAUUUGCAUUACAUUUUGUUUUACAAAAUAUUCCUGCAUUUUGAAUGAGAUAAAAAGUGAUUGUUAUGUUUAAAAAAAAAUCAAAAUGUUGGAUAUUUUUACAGUAUGGGCAUAUACUUCGUUUGUCUCAUCGAACGAAGGACAUUCAUCAAAAAAUUAUUAUAAUCAAUCAGAACUCUGAGAAGAAGUGAAUUGAUCAGUGGUUUGUUUCUCUGCUUCCAAUAUGUGUGUGAAAAGAUAACUUAAAAUGAGGUUCAACAAACAAGAAUUAUUAACGUUGGCAACUCAGCCAUCUCAAAAAUUUGAAAAGGAAGGUGUUUUGUAUGUUCGAGAACGACAAGAAGGAUUUUUUCGCAGAACUGAGAUAAAUCUAGAACGAUGGUGCAGAUUAAGAGGAAACCUUUUAUUUUAUUUCAAAUCUCGAGAACAAUGGUCAGAACCUCUUGGUGUUAUAAUUUUGGAACAAUGCUGUGUCCGAUUGGAUCAACCAACAAAUCAAAUUCCAUAUGGAUUCAGCAUAGUAUUUGAUGGUGGUUUGUUCCAACAAUUGGGAGCUAAUACUGCUGAGGAACGAGAUAGCUGGUUACAAGCAUUGCAAUUAGCUAGCUAUGAAUGUAUGAGAAGUCAACUUUUAGCAUUGAGAGAACGCAUUGAAGCUUUCAGUGGUCACAAACAUGACACUGAUAUACAUAUGCUCAGGUUACAACGUGGGAUUUUUACAGAUCCUGCAGAAAUACCAAUGUGCGAGGUAUCACUAGCAUGCGAUAAUCUUCUAUGCGAUGGACACGGCCGACCACCUAAUCCUGUUUUGGAAGUAGACGUUCAAUUGAAGCGUUCGAAGACAUGGAUCAAAUAUGCCCGAACAGAAGUUGUAGAAAGAAGCAGUAACCCAGGAUUUUUAACAACCGUAAGUUUUAGAGCAAGCGAUGGCCUUAGCUCUGAUACGAAAGUACGAAUAACAGCCUACGAUGUAAGAGAAAGAGUAAGUCAAACAGCAACACCAAUAGGAAGUUCAAUAGUAACCUUCAACGCAAUCCAAGAUACUCCUAGAUUGAGAAUACCAUUAAAAUCUGCUAAAACUACUACUGUUGGGUUUUUGACUAUUAAUGUAUGGAAUCUGGAAGCCGAAGAUAAAGGAAACAGUACAGAAAGUACACCUUCUAGAAAUAUUCCAAGUACAAACAAUCAGCAGUUGCAGGUUUUAUCGCACAGACGGUCACAAUCGUUACCUCCAAGAUUAGGAACUAAAAUAAAACUUCCGCAUCAAGGACAAUUAAAAUUAUUGUUUGCCAAUCCAUUCAUUCAAACGUAUAGGUUUCAUUCAGGCUUAGGUGGAGAUAUAUGUGUGCAUGAAAUUAUGGCAGAAAGUAAAUUAUGCUUCCAAUUUCCACAACAUUUACUUGGAAUUUGGAUACAAGAGGAGAAGGAAUUACUUCAAGAAGUUGCUGGUAUGGGUGAAUUAAGGGAACCAUGGCAUACAAAACAAGUUGAAUUACUUGAUCGUCAUCUUCAUCUAUUACAUUUAUAUUCACAAGCCAAGGAAAAUUUAGCUGAUUUUGAAGGAAGUUAUUUCAAGCAAUCAUCUCGAAGAAAUGAUCGAACUUUGGAAUUUGCACCUUUAAAUUUACACCUUCAAAGAAUGUGGGUUCAUAAUGAUACGUUGAAUAAAUGUGGAUUUUAUGAUUUUGUCAGUGUUGGUGCGUUUACUGCACAUUCACAUAAAAGUAAAAAUGGUGGACUAAUAAGACUUGUACAAGCACUUAAAGAAUCGCCAACACGAGGUAAUCAAUUGUAUCAAGGAACUUCGAAGAUAAUAAUGGCGCAUGAUGCUAUUCAAGCUAUCAAACAAUUGAGAAGAGAUGUUGUAGAAGCAAUGCGUUCUUUGAUGGAACUUGCCAAACGAAAGCAAACCAGUGGUAUGUUACCAAUUUGCGAAGAUAUGAUAACAAAGACAAGAAUAUUGUUAAGUCUUUGGGAUCCAGGACUUGUGGAGGAAGCAUUAACUUUUCUAGAAGAACAUAAGGUAGCUAAGGUUCAAGAAGAAACGAAUGAAGAUAGUUCAUUACUAGACUUCAAAGUUAAUCAAUCCUUGUCUCCAUUUAAACGAAUCACGCAACAACUUAAUUUCGACUUAAAGAGUCCUGACUUUGAUGAUUUCGUAACACCCGAUACCACCCCAGAAUGUAUACAAGAUAGUACCUGGGCUGAAGAAAAUACCAAAAGAAAUUAUGCAUCUUUGGCAUUCAAAAAUAGUAUUAAUUGCGACAACACUGAUAAUACUACUAUUAUUACUACAACUGCAAUGAAUUUUUCUUCUACUACAACUACCACUACCACUACUACUAUUGCUGCUGCUACUACUACUACUACUACUACACAAGAAGGUGAAAACAAAGAAGACUUCGUUAUAUUUCCAGAAGUAGAAAAUGAUCAGGAUAUAAAGGAAACGGAAGCCAGGGAAAAUGGCAAUCACGAGGUAAGCAAUAAUAACGACGACGAUGAAGAAAAAUAUGACAUCAAAAAGGAUACUGAUAAAGGCAAACGUUUCUUGGACAUGAAAAAAAUGUGUAACUCUCCGUCUGCAAAUUAUUAUAAACCGACGGACGAACCGGAACCCUGGGAUCUCACACAGCUAAACAUUGAAGCGAGUGUGAUGUGCCUGGUAUCAAAAGUCAAAUUCCUUUGCGGUAGAUGCAGCAGUCCAGCUGUACGUUUACGUAACAAAAAUAGUUUAGGACGAUCACAGAGUCUCAAGGGAUGUCUGUCGAACAAUCGAAACAAUUCAAGUGUUGUGACAAUUCAGCCUAAGAAUGCGUUGCAGAGCGAAGAAUCAAGUAAGUUGCUGGACAAUACACACAACUCCGUCUCUCGACAGCAACCAAGUCCUCAAGGGAUGGAAAAGUCGACUCCAGCUUUCUCCAAAGCCAAAGAAGUGUGCCAAGCUGUUGACUCAAUGACAAGAGUGAUUAAAAGUAAUUCUGGACAGAGGAACAAGUUUAUCGAAGGUCUAGACUUUGCAUCGAUCGUAGACUGGACGAGUGAGCUUAGACCAAGUAUGAAAAAGCUGCGCCAGGCUAUGGAUGGGCUUCUUAAAACUGCGAGGCUCACGCAUUCGGUAUUCCGUGUUCAAGAAGAUGCAAAGACGGCUCAACGUGCUUGUAACGUCAGAUAUAGACGGGAUGUUUGCUUCAGUCAGGCACUAACAUCGUUAGUAUCUAGUAUUAUGGCAAAACUAUGGUGUCAAAGGCCUGAUCCAAUGUUUCUAUUAAUUUUAACGACACUCGGACCUCUGGUUUCUUUCGAGGGACUUCUCAGUUAUUACGGUGAUGAGAUUGAUAUGUGGGGAGACAUGGCAGUUGCUGUUGAGGAUAUGCAUACCGUUACAUUUACUUUAUCUAGACGUGGUAUUCAGCCUAGAAUCGAAGGCUUUCAACUUCCAUUACCUUGCGUAGUUGGUUCUCGAACUGCGUUAACGGUGAUACUUCCAGUACCAGAUGCUAUAUAUUCGUUGUUGCCAUUAGUACCUUCUUCCAGACAAACAUUAUCCUUCAACGUUACACCUGUAUUCUUCAAUAUAGGUAUUAACGAAAUGGCAUCGUUGGCUGAAAGUCUUGGUACUACUAAACCUCAAGAAAAAAGUAAUAUUGAUAAUUUUGAUAGACUGAAUGAAUAUUAUUUGAGAUUUAGAAAACUCAAUUUGCCUACAGAACCAGCAUCUACACGGCUUGGUACAAAAUCUGCAUUGAGUCAUACAUUGGCAGACAUGAUGUUAAAUUUAAAAACAGCAGUUCACGCUAAAGUCAAUAAAAAUGUCGAAAUAUUGCAAUUAUCAUCGCAAAUAUGUCGACGAAUGCGCGGUUUGAGAUUUACCAGUUGCAAAAGUGCCAAAGAUCGAACUGGCAUGUCGAUCACGUUAGAACAGGUAAACAUACUCUCGACGGAGUAUCAUUUAGCCGAACAUGAAUUUACGAGAGCACUCGAUUGUAUGCGAAGUGAAGGAUGCCGACGAGAAAACACGUGGAAGAACAUCGGAGUACGAAAAUACGCAUUCAACAGUCUACAAAUAUUAACCUUUCCAAAAUUGUAUCGACCACCAACCGGAACCUAUGGAUCAGCACAAACUUAAGAUAAGUGUUACAACAAUAUACAUAUAUAUACAAAUUUUUAAAAUUAUUUUUGUUCUUUUUUGUUGAAUGAUCUUUUUGAUCAGGACUUGCCAAUUAAUUUAUAAUUUAAUGCCAGGUGACUAAUAACUAAUUCAUAGACACACAUACAUAAAAAUACGCAUACUCCUGUGUCGGUAGAUAUCAAAUUUAGCGAUUAAAUGAAGUAUGUGUUUUUAAAGGAGAUUUCAACGAACGAUUAAACGUAGCUGUGUUUACCUGUUAACUUAAAAAAAAAAAAAUAACAAAGAAUACUAAACGAUCAUAUGUAUUUACUCAACUUUCUUCUACCACGAUUUUUCACUUCUUGUUGUUUACAAAUUGUGCUAUACAUGCUAUAUAAAAACUGUGUUUUCAGAGAGUACCGUUUUAUAAGAGAGUUGAGUGUGUACAGAAGAAAAAUGGUCGAUCAGGAUUAUUCUUUUAGUGCCAUCUUUUUAUUUUGUUUAUUUUUUUUUUGUUAUUCUUUAAAAAAAUAGUGCGAAGAUCGGUGCAACAAGAUUUUGCGAAUGAUUAAUUUGUUAAGGGGAAAAAAAAACAUAUUUAUUGCACGAUGUACAUAAUUUCGUCGUCGACGCGAGCAUAAUC